CCGCCCGACGAUGAACUGAGGGAAGAGCUCCUCCAGUAUGCUAAGGAGCAUCUCCCUCUGGAGAGGCGAAUCAAACACCUAGAGAACAAAUUUGGUUACUACAUCAGGCUCACCAAGUUGAAGGAGCUCAACAAGAAAUUUCAUGUGCCAUCUUCGCGCAAGCCACCACCUCUCCCCCUCGCCACCGCUAUUAUUUGCAACUGGAUGGACAAAGACAUCGCUCGGCGGAACGGUGAUGCACUCAACCGACCGGUAAGGACGGAAGAAGGAGACGGUCGAGAGCCCUAG